ACGUUGUAAUUCUUGAAAAGACUGACGUUUAAAAUGAAUUAAUCGGUAUUUUUAUCAAGAACUAUUGAUUAUUACGUCGUCAUAAUAACAUUUCAAGUCACUGAAGCGCAUAAUUUUAAGAAUUUAUCAUUUUGUUUAUGUUUAAGAGAAUUUUUAUUUCUGUAGUAUGGGGGAAAAAUCUUCUAAUAAAUGUAAAUUAAAAAAACGCUAUUUGUCCCUACACGGUGAGAAAUCUUUUUCAUGCAGUUUGUGUAAUAAAAUUUUCAGACAAAAAAGAUAUUUAGACCAACAUUAUCUUAUUCAUUCUGAAAAGUCUUACUCGUGUAGUAUUUGUGACAAAUCUUUUAAUCAAAAAAGAUAUUUAGAUCAGCAUAAUCUUGUUCAUACUGGGGAAAAAUUUUACUCAUGCAGUGUAUGCGAUAAAACAUUCACACAGAGCACUAAUUUGAGGAAACACUUUCGUCUUCAUACUGGUGAAAAGCCUUAUUCAUGCAGUGUAUGUGAUAAAACGUUCACACAGAAAGCUCAUUUAAAUAUUCACCACCUUGUUCAUACUGGAGAGAAACCUUAUUCAUGCAAUUUGUGUGAUAAAACAUUCACACAAAAAACCAGUUUAAAUCAGCACUGUCGAACUCAUGCGUCAGAGAAAUCUUUUUCAUGCAGUGUAUGUUACAAAUCUUUCACACAUGAACUUAGUUUAAAACAACACUCUCUGCUUCAUACCCGAGAAAAAUUUUUUCCAUGCAAUGUUUGUGAUAAAAAAUUCUCCCAAAAAGCUCAUUUAAACGAGCACUCCCGUAUUCAUAGUGGAGAAAAGCCAUAUUCUUGCAGUGUAUGUGAUAAAGCAUUCCCAAGGAAGCAUCAUUUAGUUAACCACUCUCGUAUUCAUACUGGAGAAAAGCCCUUUUCUUGUAGUGUGUGUAAUAAAACAUUUUCACGGAAAACUCAUUUAAAUAGUCACUACCUAGUUCAUACAGGAGAAAAACCUUAUUUAUGCAGUGUGUGUAAUAAAACAUUUUCACAGAAAUCUCAUUUAAAUAAGCAUUCUCGGAUUCAUGCUCCAAAAAAACCUUAUUUAUCCAUUGUGUGUUAGAUAAAUCUUUUGCACAUUUAAAGGCAUAUGAGUAAUUAUUACAUAGUUCAAACCUAAACAAAGCAAUGAUUAAACUAUGGUUUUAAAAAAUAAUUAUUAAACUUUCACACUGAAAACUCAAUUAAAUAAACACUCUUUAUACUGAAGAGAAACCUUUUUAACUAAAAUUGCCUGAACUAUUAUGUAUAUAUGUUACUGUAGUUAAAAUUCUAUUAUUUUUUAACCAUUGUUAACUAUGGAUUCCCAACAACACCAUGCUUCUAUCUUCUGCUAAUGAUGUGGAUUUGGGUGUAACUGAGAUAAAUUCUUAAACUAACUAUUCACCAAAUAAAAGAUUAGUAAUUGAAAUGCC